AAAGUUUUUGAAGGUUCACAAAAUAAAAUGGCGCUUGUAACAAUGGACGUCGCGUUUUAUUGUAGUUGCUGAAAAGUUUUGUUUAGUGGUUAUUUAUUAGAAAAAACGUUAGUUUCGCAGCCGUAGUUGAAUUAAACGUAGUGAAGAUGAAUGGUCUGAGUAUUAGUGAGUGGUGUUGCUUGCUCUGUUGUCCUCCCUGUCCGAGCAGGAUCGCAGCCAAAUUGGCUUUCAUACCACCAGAGCCCACAUACGACUUCCUCGCCGAUGGAAGCGGCAAAUACUCACUGACACUUUCAGAAAGGGCCGAAUGGCAGUUCUCCGAAAGGGAGAAGGAAAACGUAGAAGGUUUCUACACCAGAACUAGCCGCGGCAACAAAAUCGCCUGUGUUUUCGUCCGAUGCAGCUCCACUGCCAGAUUCACCAUUCUGUUCUCACAUGGAAACGCCGUCGAUUUAGGCCAGAUGAGCACCUUUUAUCUAAACUUAGGCUCUAGUAUAAACUGCAAUGUAUUUGGUUAUGACUACUCUGGCUAUGGACUUAGCGGUGGCAAGCCAUCUGAGAAGAACCUCUACGCUGACAUUGAUGCAGCCUGGUUAGCUCUAAGGACUCGCUAUGGCAUCAGCCCCGAGAACAUAAUCCUCUAUGGGCAGAGUAUUGGCACUGUGCCUACAGUAGAUCUGGCUUCCCGAUAUGAGGUUGGUGCUGUGAUCCUGCACUCUCCACUCAUGUCUGGUAUGAGAGUGGCAUUCCCCAAAACCAAGAGGACUUGGUUCUUCGAUGUAUUCCCCAGUAUUGAAAAGAUUCCGAAGGUGACUUCGCCGACUCUGUUGAUCCAUGGAACAGAAGAUGAGAUUAUAGACUUUACACAUGGUCGUACCAUAUUCGAGAGAUGUCCUCGGGCCGUGGAACCCCUUUGGGUUGAGGGCGCUGGACAUAAUGACGUGGAGUUGUUUCCCGCGUAUUUCGAGAGACUGAAGCAAUUUGUGAACGUGGAGUUGGUCAACUGACAUCAGCUGAUCGGGGAAGAUUGCACUGUUAGUUCCGGUACUUCCAGCUCUCCCGGAGAGAAGCUGUUCUAGCCUAUAGCAGUGGGUAGGACCGAGUGCCGACCCACUGUGCAGACGACCAACAACCUGAACCAAUCACCAUUGCAUAUUCUUACUGGAAUCUUGGAACGACAGUGCAACAGUGCUCAAAACUCUCCACAAACCAGACCCCUUCCUCCACUGAAAACGAGAUCUUUGCCCGCUUGUAAUGGUAAUAUUUCAACAUGUCUAAGCACAUGCCGUUGUCCUAUACUUGAAACUACUUGCUAGCAGUGUGAAUACGUGAGACAUAUUUUUCGAGAAAAAAAAAAAUAUUAUAUUAUAUAUAUUUACAAGUGACAAUCUUUUAUUAAAACAAAAUGGGAGAAUGAUGAGGCAAUAUUGUUGUGUAAUAUCGUGUGCUAAUGCGAAUCGAAAUGACAUAUUUAUUUACCUCAUGAUCUGAGCGGAUGUAGAACAAAAUAAUUCUACCUCUCUUUAACACUUCCUAAACGAAUCUUGAAGCAUUUAUAUUUUGUAUCUAUACUCGCACAUACUGUGUUUGGGAGCUAUCUCGAGGCAAUCGUCUUGUGUCCGACCAUCGUUUCCUGGCAUAUUCAGGUACUGGUGAUAUAGGCUCCUCAGCUGAACCCGAAUUUGAAACGUUGGCCAGGAUAUAACGCGCCACUGACGUCGUUCAUGAAGUGUUAAAUUAUUUAAAAAAAAAUGAAACAGGAGAAACGUACUUACGACGUUUGGUUCUUUCAAUUUGUUUUAGAAAAAAAUCUAAAUAUUAUAUGUAUAUGUAACAUAUAUGUAUAAGCAGCUCAAUAUCCGAUAUUCUAAAUCUUCUUGUAUAUAGGUAAUAAUUGGUGUGUGCUUUAUAUAACUCCCCGUUUUGUGGGGUGAAUAAAUAUGUUGCGGUGUUAUAUAUUUAAUUUUACAUUUUAAAAUUGGUGUUCAAUGUAAGGAUAACAACAAACAAACAAACCAAACAUACAAAUUAUAUCUACUAAGUGUUGCAUUUGAUACAAUGUUGUUUUGUUUAGUGUAAAUGGAAACCAAACCAAAAAGAAGAAGAAAUCUCAUUCAAUAUUCUAAAAAUUUUUGCUCAAAAUGCAACAUGCGAUGUAUUUUUAAAAACUUUAAACUUAAAACAAAAUCAACAAACUUAAUACAAACAAAAAAAAAAUAUAAAUAAAUAAGGAAAAUAACGAUUUUCUAACUAUUAUUGAACUGACUCCAACUUUAUAUGUAAUUAAUAUAUAACUUAAUUAAUAGGUUGUUUUAUAAACGUUAAGAUUAAAAAUAUUAUUAAAAAAAAAGGGAAAUUAUUUAUCGCAUAAUUUAGGCAAAAGAAUAAUUAUUAUAAAAAGACUUUAAGUUAUAAGAUUAGGAAAUAAACGAAGGAUGAAAGAUACUAAACACAAAAAAAGGUAUUAAUAACAAGUAAAACAAAAGACGAGGCAUAUUUGAAACAAAAACUAUAUAAAAGAAAAUAUUACUCAGAGGAAGAAAUUUUGCAAGCAAAUGUAUUGUGAUUGAAAAUUUUCCUUAUUUCCUAGAUUUUGUUGUAACAUCGUCUUAGAUUGUUUUCUUCUCUCAUUCAGUUUUUAUUAACCCAUCGUUUUAUUGUUAGUUUUCGGUUAUUAUAUAUAUAUAUAAAUAUCUAUAUAAAUGUUCGUUUAUAGUUGACCAGCUACUGAAAAUUUUUAAAAUUCUGAAACCCGAGAAGCAAACUUGCAACAACAAAAAAAAAACAAGAUAUGGUAACUAUUGUGUGUAUUUUAAAGUAACUUAAUUAUUAUUUUUUUAUGUAAUGUUCCUUAAAACAAUCUAGAAAAUAAAGGAAUUUUUUUUAUAUGAAACCGAGAACACAACCCAAAUCCAUUCAAUACUCCCGCACCUUAUAUAAUCCAAAAUUAUACGUAACCCUUGAAUUUGAAGGCUUCUGUUAGAUAUCUACAAAUAUAGACUUAAUUUGAACAUUUUUAUUGUGGUUUGGUGUUGUUAUAUAUCUGUGUACAUCUCCAAUGUUUUCAUUUGCCUGACGAAUAAUGUCCCCUCAUUUUAUUAAAAACACAAAUACAGAAA